UUCCCUACUGCGCAGGUCACUUUCUGUCAGGAGCUCAGUCUGAGGUCUGAGGCGAAGUCAGCCUUGUUUUGGUGAGCGGUUCACGAGUCUGCUCGUGAAUAUUCGGAAGCGCACAAGAAACGAAAAUAACUAUCUAAAUGUGUAGCUCGCGAAAAUAUUGCGUGGGGGAAGAAUUAUAUGGCGAGGGCUAUUCAAACAAGUCUGCGCUGUUUUGAGCUAGUUUCGUAGCAUUCCGGCGGCGGCCGACUUCCGUAAAUGGUGUGAGUGCUUCAAUGUGGCGCUCGGUUUUGACUUCUCGUCGUGUGCCUGUCGUCGCCUGAUUCGACGAGCCGGCUUCCUUUUUUUACUUUACCCGUCCUCUGGUCACCGGAGAACUGAAUGGCGGCGGCGGCCCCCAACCCGGAGGACUCGGCCCGGAGUAGUAGUAGUGGGAGUAGCGGUGGGAGCGGCGGCGGCGGCGUUUGCGGCACCCCGAGCUCCCUGGCCGCCGACGGCGACACGGAAGAGGCGGAAGACUUCGCGUCGUCCUCCCACUGCUCGGAGCUGUCGCGGCGGCAGAACGAGCAGCGCAAGCAGGGCUUGUUCUGCGACGUCAUGCUCGCCUUCAGCAGCGGCGCGGCGGCCGGUGGCGUCCAGACGUGCGAGUUCGCGGCCCACCGUUCGGUGCUGGCCGCCGCCACCGACUACUUCACGCCGCUGCUGGGCGGACAGUUCUCCGAGUCGCUGUCUGGCCGCGUGGACAUGAAGGAGUGGAGCUCGGAGAUGGGACCCGACCCCGAGACGGUGGAGAGCGUCAUCCAGUACAUGUACACCGGGGAGAUUCGCGUCAGCACCUGCAACGUGCAUGAAGUCCUGGAGCUGGCUGACAGGUUCCUACUGGUCCAGCUGAAGGAUUUCUGCGGCGAGUUCCUGAAGAAGAAGUUGAGCCUGACCAACUGCGUGGCGGUGCACAGUCUGGCGCACAUGUACACACUGGAUCAGCUGGCCCUGCGAGCGGCGGACAUGAUCCGCCGCAACUUCCACAAAGUGAUUCAGGACGAGGAAUUCUACACUUUGCCCUUCCACCUGGUGCGCAAUUGGCUGUCAGACGACCAGAUCACGGUGGACUCGGAGGAGGUGCUGUUCGAAGCGGUGGUCAAGUGGGUGCAGAAGAUGCCCGAAGAGCGCGGCGGCUACUUCGAGGAGCUCUUCCGCCUCCUCAGGCUGCCUCAGAUCAAGCCCACCUACCUGACGCGGGUGGUCAAGAACGAGCGGCUGGUGGCGGCCAACGAGGCGUGCCUGCGCCUGGUGUCGGAGGCCGUGGAAGGUUACGCCAUCCGUUUUGAGAACUUCAAGUUGGCCGACCUCGAGCUGUGGUCCUCGUUCGUGGUGUCCUUCCAGCCGCGCUUCGGCCAAAACAUGGAUGUCAUCAUGGUGGUGGGCGGCGUGUCGGAGGGCGGGGACUACUUGAGCGAGUGCGUGGGUUACUUCAUCUACGAGGACCGCUGGGUUAACCUUCCGCACAUCCACAACCACCUGGACGGCCACGCCAUCGCCGCCACCGACUCGCACGUCUACGUGGCGGGCUCCAUGGAGCCGGGCUUCGCCAAGACCAUGGAGCGCUACAACCCCAACUACAACACCUGGGAGCAGGUGAGCAACCUGACCACCCGCAAGCACUCCUUCGGGCUCACCUGCAUCAAGGACAUCCUGUACAGCAUCGGCGGCCACGGCAACUUCAGCCCGGGCUUCAAGGACGUCAGCGUGUACGAGCCCGAGCAGGACAAGUGGCACAACCUGGAGUCGGCGCCCAAGAUCCUGCGCGACGUCAAGGCGGUGAGCGUGGAGGACCGCUACGUGUACGUGACGGCGCGCACGCCCGUCGACACGGACAAAGACGACGGGCUGAAGACGGUGACCACCCGCUACGACACGGACAGCCACCAGUGGCAGGACGUGGACUCGCUGCCGCUGGUGGACAACUACUGCGUCUUCCAAAUGGCCGUGGCCGCCACCAACUUCUACCACACGGCCUCCUGCUGCCCCAAGAGCUACAGCAUGCGGGACGAGCUGGCCCGCCAGAAGAUCAGCGCCCGCGUCCCGGACGAGAUCCUGGAGAGCCUGCCGCCCGAGGUGACCAGCAUCGAGGGCGCCGCCAUCUGCCACUUCGACGACGACGUCUUCAUCAUCGGCGGCUGGAAGAACAGCGACGAUGUGGACAAGCAGUACCGCAAGGAAGCGUACCGCUACUGCGCCGAGCGCAGGCGCUGGAUGCUGCUGCCCCCCAUGCCGCAGCCGCGGUGCCGCGCCACCGCCUGCCACGUGCGCGUGCCCUACCGCUUCCUCUACGGCUGCCAGCGUUACCCCAUGCCUCAGAACCUGGCGCGCCAGCGGGACCGCAUGCAGCAGAUGCAGCAGCUGCACCGCCGCACGCUCACGCUGCGACGGCAGCUGCAGUCGCAGAUCGAGUGCUGAAUCGUCCGCCGGCUUGCUUGGCGGACUCGUUUUAACCACUUUUCCGCGCAAUGUCCGUCAGUUAGUUUGCCUUCCGUUGUAAUGUUCGCAUCUGUAAUUCAGCUGCCGUGCGUUUCCAUUCGUCACAUGGCCGUUACCGCAUUCCAUGGAUUGUUUCCAUCUGUAUAUCAGACUGCAAAGACAGUCCGAUACACCGCAGGAGAAGAGAAGAGAGCAUUCCAUUGAAGUGACCAUUCCUUGACCAGUUAUCACCGCGUUUGGUUGGAAUGGGAAUAACUUCUGAUUUUUUUUUUAAUAUAUAUUUUGCCAAAAAAAAAAAAAGACAAGUGUCAUAUUGCAGAAAGUGCAGCAGUUAGCGGCUAUCUGCGCAUUUGUGGACUCAUUCCACUCACUUCUCCACCAAGAGGUGCCGCUUCAGAUUAUUAACCUCACUGCCAUGCAAUUAACUGACAGGCCACUUAAAAUGGAAGUUUUAGCGGGACGAGCGUAAAACGACCAAGUAAAAUGCGUCGCUCGUCACUGUCGUGAGAAUGUGCUCGAUAUUUGGGGAUUUUUUUUUUUUUAAAUUUAAACAAUGACCGUGUAAACGCCGAAACUGGACCGAAGUGCAAAUGCGGCUUGCUAAAAACUGCCUCUGAAGUUUAUCGAGUGUGCUCACCCGCAUGGAGGAAACUCUUAACAUUGUCACCAGCCACGACUGGGCCAUCCCAUUUAUUCAUGAUUUCAUUUGUUCAUAACAUGCUGCAGUGGAGCGCGCAUCACUCUCACCAAACUGAGUACCGUGCUGUGUUGUGUUUUCGCCCACUUUUUUGGGGGGGGUGGUGGCAUAAAUUGUAUGUACUGUAUGUGUAUGUUUGAAUGUAUGUUCAUAAGAGUGGCGACACCGAAAUAAUCUCGCGGAGAUGAUGUUUAUCUGUCUGUAUAUAAAUAACAAAGCUGUUUAUAUAUGUAUGAACGACAUUUCUCUGUGGCUCGUUCCCAGAUGGAGGCUUUUUUUUUUCUCUCCAUGCGUUAAACACUGUGACAAUCUCUGUUCAUGCAAGCGUGUCAACACUUCCAGUGCCAUAACCGCUUCUGUGCAGCCUCCGCUAUAGCAGACCAACGAGACAAUUGUUUCAUUCCCCACCCUUAAGACGAGUUCGGCGUUGUACUCUAUUUAUUGUUAUAUAAUUCCUGAAUGAUGUACUGAAGGCAUUCCAGUGAUCUGCCAGAUAUCUUACAAAGCCAGCCAUUCCUUUUGCGCCAAAAGAGCAUUUUUGUUCCCAUCCGUGUAUUAGUCUUAAAGGGGUUUGGAGUCACCCUCGCACUUUGAUUUUACUUUCUGAAAUAUGAUUCCCGUUUAAAAUAAAAUACAGCAAAACGCAAACUCUUUGUUUUUGUUCAUACGCUGCUGUUAUUGUUGUUCCUCAGAUCAAGCUUCUGAGAUUUUGCAAUGCUUUGUUGUGUGCAUGUGCGCGUCCCCCUCUGAAGAGAUUUAAGAUUAAAAUAAAGUCAUCGACAUUAUCAUUGUGUGCUCAUAUAUGACAAGCACUCAGAAACCCUCGAAAGAUCUUAUCAGUUUGUGACUGCUGGGAUAUUACCUUACACCUGCAGUUUUUAUCACCUGCAGUGAUUCAGCAACUCAUUUUAUACUCUCAACCUGGAGUAUGAAUCUCUAAUAUUCCUACACUACAUUCAGAAGGACCCCUGUUGCACAGUGAGCAGUAUUGCAGUUUGUAUUUGAGAUUAAAAUGUCACUUUACUCCAAA